UUCCCUUUUUCAAAAUAAUUCAAAGUGAAAAUAUCAAACAUUAUCCUAUAUCUCUUCCUUGUUUGCUUCGAUUGUUGUGACUCCAAGCCCAGAGCAAAACACCAGAUACGACGCCGUUGCCCCAUCUUUUUCCUGCCUGCCGCCUAGUAAUUGGAAGUUGGAACUGAGGCAGCGGUGACAUUUUUCACUUAGACGCAAACAUGUCAUGGCUAGCUAGAUCCAUCGCCAACUCUCUCAAACUCGAAGACGACUUCGAAGACAAUCGCUUACCGAACACCGACGCAGACGCCACCAAUCCUAAGCCGGAAGAUUCACAAUCCGAUCAAAAUCAAAACCAAUCAACUGCCGAUACUCCACGCGGAGUCAAAGGAGACCUCACCGAACUCACCAAAUCUUUCUCCCGCCAAUUAUGGGGCGUCGCCUCCUUCCUCGCUCCUCCUCCUCCUCCUUCUCCUCCUCCUCAACAACAACCUGAAAUGUCCGAUCAAAACAAGUCGUCCGAUGAAUUCUCAGAUCCAGAUGUUGCGGGUGAGGAUGUUAUUGAGGGGAUCAAGAGCGAUUUCGCCGAGAUUAGCGGCAAAUUCAGGACCGGAAUCUCGAUGUUGUCGAACAACAUUAAUGUUUCGGAGAUCACGAAAAUGGCGUCCAAUUUGCUGCAGUUUGCAUCUGAAAUGGAACCGACUGGAGCCGUCGGUGUGACUGAAGAAGUUUUGCUGUUUGCUAGAAACAUCGCUAUGCAUCCCGAGACUUGGCUCGAUUUUCCAGCUCCUGAUGAUGAAUAUUUUGAUGAUUUUGACAUGUCUGACACCCAACAAGAGCAUGCUUUGGCUGUUGAACGUCUUGCACCAAGUUUAGCUGCUCUUAGGAUUGAACUUUGUCCAGGGCACAUGAGUGAGGCUUGCUUCUGGAAGAUAUAUUUUAUACUUUUGCACCCUCGACUAAAUAAAGAUGAUGCCGAACUUUUGUCAACUCCCCAAAUAGUGGAAGCUAGAGCAAUGUUAGCACAUGUGUUAAAGAACAGAGCUGAGGCAAAGCCAGAAUCAUUUCAAUCUGUAACUGGCUCAACUGAUUCAAUUAAAAUUGAUGAAAGUGGUUCUUGGUUAAGUGAAAGUGCUGAAACAUCAACUGGCUCUAAAUCUGAAUCAACGCCCUCUAAGACAUCUGCCUCUGAUGCAUCCCUUUCUGUAGCCACAGCUGAAUUCGAAACAGAGAAGUUCUCAGUUCAAACUACUGAGAUGCAGGUUGUUGACAAGUCCAUUGUCAAGGAAGAGCCAGUGGACACCAAACAUCAACAUGAGGUAUACAGUUCCUCUGCUGGAGUAGUUUCUGAUGAGAAGUUUGAAGAUUAUGGCGAUGAUUGGUUGAACGAGGAAAGCUCAGAAGUGGUUGGUGUGAGUGGUUCCACAAUGCAUCUUGGAAAUGAUGAGGAGGUCUCCUUCAGUGAUCUUGAGGAGGAAGAUGAAGAUGUGCCUGCUAAUUAUAAGAAACCAACAUCUGGGUCCGAUUCUUCAACAAAAGAUUCACGAGAUUGGGUUCAGCUUGGCAGAAGCUCUACUGAUUCAGCUAAGGAUGUUAAUUCUGUUAGUGACAAACCUACCGGAUCUCACCAGGUAAGUGCUCACAAUCCCAAGAGUAAGGAAUCCAAUGACUGGCUUGAUGUUGAUGAAAUCGAUGAGCUGUGAUAUGCUAUAGAGCCUAUGGGGUUGUAUGUAUUGUGCAUUAUUCUUGCUAACUUCUUGUGUAUAGAUUGCAUAUUUGGUUCUUCUUUUAAAAUGAUGAUAUGGGUUCUGUAUGUUUUGUAAAUAAAGCCCUAUCAAAAUUGGACGAUAAAGUGCACUUGAAUUGUAACUCGAUGGUAUGAAAGUAUGCCAUGUUCAUUUAAAAGUCA